AUGGAGGGGGUAGUGGUGGCUGCAGCGGCGAGCACCGCGGGCGCAGCUAAGGCCGAGGGAGCCGCAGCCGCACCGCCGCCACGUCCCGUCUCCCCGCCCGCCCUCACCCCGGCUCCCGCCGCCGGCGAAGAGGGCCCGGCACCUCUGCUGGAGGUGGGGGCUCCCGGCUGCUCCGGCUCCCGGCCCCCUGAGCUGGAGCCUGAGCGCGGCCUGGGCCGCUUGAGAGGCCGCUUCGAGUACGAGGACGAGGAGUUGGAGGAAGAUGAAGAGUUAGAGGAAGAAGAAGAAGAGGAGGAGGAAGAGAUGAGCCACUUCUCGCUGAGGCUGGAGGGGGGUCGGCCGGACUCGGAGGACGAGGAAGAGCGCCUGAUUAAUCUCUCUGAGCUGACCCCAUACAUCUUGUGUUCCAUUUGCAAAGGUUACUUAAUAGAUGCAACUACCAUUACAGAAUGUCUUCAUACCUUUUGUAAAAGCUGCAUUGUAAGACAUUUUUACUAUAGCAACAGAUGUCCAAAAUGCAACAUAGUAGUACAUCAAACACAACCUCUUUAUAACAUAAGGUUGGACCGACAGUUACAAGACAUAGUGUACAAAUUAGUGAUCAAUCUAGAGGAAAGAGAAAAAAAGCAAAUGCAUGAUUUCUAUAAAGAAAGAGGUCUAGAAGUACCUAAACCUGCUGUUCCGCAGCCAGUCCCUUCGAGCAAAGGAAGAUCUAAGAAAGUUCUAGAGUCAGUGUUUCGUAUUCCACCUGAACUUGAUAUGUCUUUAUUACUGGAGUUCAUUGGUGCUAAUGAAGGCACGGGACAUUUUAAGCCAUUGGAAAAGAAGUUUGUUCGAGUCUCUGGAGAAGCAACUAUUGGGCAUGUAGAAAAAUUCCUCAGAAGAAAAAUGGGUCUUGAUCCAGUUUGUCAGGUGGAUAUCAUCUGUGGUGAUCACUUGUUAGAACGGUAUCAAACUCUGAGGGAAAUUCGACGUGCAAUAGGUGACGCAGCAAUGCAGGAAGGUGUUGAAUAUGUUGAGAAUUAUUUUAUCCUGGCACUCCAGAAGGCCUAG